GGGGGGGGUUUACCCCUGGUUAAAACACCUGAGGAAAUAACUUGUUAAACGUUAAUAGAAUAAGAGAAUAAUGCAGGAGAAAUAGAAAACUGUAUCCAUUAAAUUCUUUUUUUGUAUUAAAAGAUAAAGUGUUCACCAUUCAAACAUAUCAAGUGGCAAAAAUUGUAAAUAAGAAAUUCGGUUAGUUGUAUUUAGUAAAUAACACUAUUUAAUCAAGUUAGACAUCAGACUGACGUGGAUGGUGAAAGCGCCAUCUCGUGGUCAGCGCUAAAAUAUAUUAAUUCAUGUUAACUAUAAAAAAACUUAGCUUUGUAUACUGUGGUAGGCUAUAUGAGACCAGUUUUAUUGCACUUAUCCUUUUCGUUGUCCUUAUGUCCUUAAUUGCUUCCAUUACAUCAUUUGUAAGUCGCUUUGGAUAAAAGCGUCUGCUAAAUGUAAUGUAAAUGUCUAUAGGGUUGUGUUAGUCAAAAUACUUAUUGAGAUUUUGUUGGGGAGACUCGCAUUUCAAAAUGUAAAAUUAUAUAAUUAAACAAUAUUCUGCUCGUACGUUUUCAUUGGUAAUGUAAUUUCCUUCUUUUUAAUUGUUGACGGUAUUUAAAAUGUAAUGUCUAUUAAAGUUUGAGGAAAGUCGUUUUUCUGGUAUACAUUUUUUCCCAGACCGGUGUUAAAGCAUGAUGAUCACGUGGUAACUUUUACGUAAUACUUUUCAUAGCAGUGAACACAAUUUUUCAAAAUCGAUUUAUAACGCUUUCUGGGGCGGAUUUUGAUUUAUACGUCGAAGAACGUAAUUCUAGGAGUAAUUAUAUUUAAAAUGCACAAAUUCCGAUAAUACAUGAAACCAAACAACAGCCAACUUUCAUGCUUUAAUACCGUCCCUGUCCAAAAGAGGGCGACUUCUCUUUUUCACAUAGUAGACCAACGCUUUGCCUGAUUCGAUUGUUGUUUAAACAGCAAUUUUAAAAUGCAAGCAUAUAGUAGAAUACAUAUAACAUUACACAAAACGUUGCAGUUAUAUUUCAAUCAUCAAACUGAUUCAAACAACCAUAUUCUCAAAAAUAAUACAUGUUCUAAAUGUAGGGGCAGCUAACGCAUCGCGUCUUAGGACCCAAACACUGUGUGGCACAUUUCAAAUUUUCAAAACAAACGAGUCACGCCUGUCAACAGUCAUUAGAUGAUGGAAUGAGCACGAAACUGCUUCGUUUACCACUAAUGUAAUUUUUAUACAUGUAGCGUUUAAAAAAAACAUCGAGGUGAUAUGUGUUUCAAUUUUAGCACAACAUUGCACGCGCCUUUGGAAGAAUCUCAUGUGACUGCACCGUUAGACAAUAGUUAUCUAACCGAGUCGUUUAUCGGACAGUAGUUGGAUCAGAUCAAUAUUUGGAAAGGCUGAAGAGAUGGAAGCACAGGCGGUAUCAUCUGAAUGUUCAAACAGUGCCGUGAAAGCUCCCUCCAUCGAGGAGUUUGGGCUGGUCAAACCCAUCAGUCGAGGAGCCUUUGGGAAGGUUUACCUCGCCAGAAAGAAAUGCAACUCCAAACUCUACGCAAUCAAGGUGGUGAAGAAAGCAGACAUGGUGGAUAAAAACAUGACCGAUCAGAUGAGAGCUGAGAGAGAUGCUCUGGCUCUCAGUAAAAGUCCUUUCAUCGUGCACCUGUUUUAUUCCCUUCAAACAGCAACCAAAGUCUAUCUGGUGAUGGAGUAUCUGAUCGGAGGAGACGUGAAAUCUUUACUUCACAUCUACGGGUACUUUGAAGAAGACAUGGCUUUGAAAUACACCUCAGAGGUCGCACUCGCUCUGGAUUACCUUCACAGACACGGCAUCAUUCAUAGGGACCUGAAACCAGACAAUAUGCUCAUCUCUAAUGAGGGCCACCUUAAGCUCACAGACUUUGGGCUUUCUAAAGUCAAACUUGACAGGGAGCUGAACCUGAUGGAUAUUUUAACCACACCGUCCUUGGUGAAACCUAAGAAAGAUUAUUUCAGAACACCGGGUCAAGUUUUGUCAUUAAUAAGCUCACUUGGACUCAAUACUCCAGUAAUCGAGGGUAAACGUCACAGCAGCAAGGUGUUGGGCAGCCCCAUGUCCUGUGGGAAAGUCAAACAGAGGAAGAGUUUUCUAUGUUCACCUCUACUGAAGAAAAGAGUCGAGUACUUGAAUUCUCCAGUAUGCUCAGGCCAAGCUAUAGGAUACAACAGUGUGUUCAGUCCUGGCAUGUUGGCUAAGAGUUUGACACCAAGGCUGAUGAAAUCGAGGAGGAGAUUUGGGACGCUAAGUGUCGGAAGUGCAUCGUGUCUGUUACCAUCCACUACAGAUUCCGAGGACUGUGUCAGUCCCAUGUGGGAGGAUGAACAGAAAUUACAAGACGGUGAGAGCCUUCCUCAAUUACUUCCUCAACAUGGAAAGGCAAGAGACAUUCCCCUAGCACCCGUGGAAAGGAAGAUGCUUGCGACACGAGCUCGAGAUCACAGCAGUGUUUUGACUCCACUUGAUAACCAAAUGGAUCUUGACACAAAUAUCAAAGCAGAUAUUUCUACAAAGAGACUCCAGUUCAACGCAACCAACCAAUGUGCCACACCGUUGGGUGAGUCUGUUCCCCGUCAGUCAGCUGGGGACGGUCUCGUAAAACCAGAGUCACCAGCGGAGCCUAAAUCCUCAGUGAAGAGAGGCUUUGAAGAAGUAGAAAAAAGCCCAGAGCAAGCUGAAAGCCAUUCCAAGAAGAACGAUGCCGUGUACAAGAGAUGUUUCCAGAUUCCUGAGAGCACUUCGAUAGCCCACACGGGUCUGACGGGAAUUUUCUCCAUUGUUGGGCUGGAUGACGAUAAAAGCGGUCCGAUAUGUCAGCAGUUGAGCGAGAGAAUGGGUCCAAAGCAGUGCAGUCCCGUUGCCAAAACUCUCUUUCGCGACCUGGAAGAUCAAGACGAUGAUCAGAAAGCAGAAGCCUUGCCGACCUCACCGCGAAAUAUCAGGAAAAGUCUGAGUUUGGACUCGGAUGACUCGGCCCAUGAAAUGUCAUUGGUCGGUAACACGCCUCAAAAAGCCACAGAAACCAAAAAAACAGCUUUGGCGUCCUCUUUUGAGGAACUGGAUGAGAACGAGAUUUCUGCAGUCACACCGGUGGCCCGACCGGCGAUGGCCACGCCAAAGCACAGCAGCGUGAAACAGUGGAGAGGUGAAUUUGAUGGUUCUCUUAUUGACCACGGGUUAUCCAGCAGUAUCCUCAAAUCUCCAGGAUUCCUCAAACCCAAGAACGUAGUUGCGUUCAGAAGCUAUUGCAGCUCUAUAAACCGCUCGUGUAAUUCGCAUCUCAGCCUGGUGUCUUUGGAUGGGAUGGAGACGCCAGCUUCAGCUUCAUUUCACAGUGCUCCAUCUGUUGUGACUCCAGUCCAGAAGAAAAGACCCAGUCUGAGCGGCUCACUUUACCAGACUCCACAGCAGAUGGUGACGUCUCAUACUCCUUAUAGGACACCAAAGAGUGUCCGUCGAGGCCCAGAACGUGUGGAAGAGGCUCCUAUCCUGGGAACUCCUGAUUAUCUGGCACCAGAACUUCUGGUGGGCAAACCUCAUGUUCCAGGGUCUGUAGGAUGUGAUUUCAUGGUGGAUUGGUGGGCUUUAGGGGUCUGUCUGUUUGAGUUCCUCACUGGAGUUCCUCCCUUCAAUGAUGAGACUCCUCAGCUGGUCUUCCAGAACAUUCUUAACAGAGAUAUACCCUGGCCAGAUGGAGAUGAGGAGUUAACCCAGAAUGCAAGAAAUGCAAUCGAGAGUCUUCUCACCAUGGAUUCAACCAAACGUGUCAGCUUAAAAGAACUGAAGGAUCAUGCGUUCUUUGAGGGUAUGGAUUGGGAAAAUCUUCACACUCAGAACAUGCCCUUCAUCCCUCAGCCCGAAGAUGAGACGGACACUUCAUAUUUUGAGGCGAGAAACACAGCUCAACACCUCACUGUAUCAGGCUUCAGUCUGUAAAAACACACAAACUGUAGCACUGGUGGACUAUUACAUCAUCAUGAUUCUGUGCAAUAGUGUCGUGUGUGCCAUUGUUUGUCUUAUUUCAUGUUUUACUUUAAUCUCUCAUAUGUUAUAAAAUAUGCUGGGUUAGUGUCAGAAAGCAUUCUGGAAUGCAGUGAGAUGGUCGUUUUACCUGUAUGCACAUACACGUCACCAUGACUUAUGGUUUGUAAAAAAAUUAUAUAUUAUGUAACACUAAUGUUUGGACUUCAUAAUAUGUGAACAUGGAUUUAAAUCAUAGUUUUAAACUCCUGUUUUCUUGAAAACUGUGCUUGUUAAACUGAUAUUUUAACAUGCUAAAUGUUUUAAAGUGUCAACAGUGAUUGUGAUUCUGGACAUAUUCAUUAUCAUUGAAUCAUACAUGACAUCUUUUAAUAACUUCAAGCUAAAUAAAAUAAAUACAAUUGUCAUGCUAAGUGUUAUUUCUCUCUUUAAAAUGAAGUCUCUCACACAUACGCUAUAUAAGCAGUGCAGCAAAAAUAGCUCUCAUCUGUUAAAGGGGCGAUGAAUUGAGACCACAAUUUUAACCCAAGCUUUUGUUAUAUAAGAGGGAAUCGUAUUCAAGCGAACAUCCUGUAAGUGUCAGAAUUGAAAACGCCCAUGUUACUGAAAUUACAACUGUUAUUGACACCAGUCUCAGCGAACGCCACGUCCUGGAAUGCACCUAUCUGAUAGGUUAAACGGCGCCUCCACAGAAAAAUAUCAACGACUACUCUAGAUAGAGUGAACAAGCAAUAAACAUGCCAUUAAAGAUCGCAAAAUAUUGUGCAGUCAGUGACUGGUUGUGGAAGAACAGUCGCUGCAUAACCUUCCUUUGGAUUCCGACAUUAGUAAUGCGUGGUUGAAGUUUAUUUUUAAAGAUGUUCCAGCUCACGUGGGUAAAACAUUACCGCAGAUUCCUUUGUGAACAAGGCAGAGGUUGAUGAUGGAUUUGCGGAGAGACUAACAUUAAAAAGCAGUGGUGUGCCGUCAAUGUUGGAUCCGAUAGGAAUGGCGCAGCAAUCUUAUGUGAGUAAAACAUAUUUGUACUAUGCGUCACUAUUGCUUUGUUAGAGAUCGCUACGUCUCUUACCAAAUUCACUACGCAAACUGCUAUCCAAUCAUAGCAGUGGGCGUUUACUUCCAAGUCUUCAUGGCGGAACGCCCAUUCAAACCAAUCGUUUGUCAAGCCGGCCUCAAAACCCGGGUAGAAAAUAGCCUAUUACUUAUUGAUCUUGAUGUUUUUGAAUGUAAAAACACGAACGACAUAAGUAGACCUCAUACAACAGUACAAAACAAUAAACAAGCCCAGUUCAUCACACCUUUAACAUGUGCGCCAAAAAAAUACGCGGUGCUUACGCGUGCUGUUUGAAAUUGGCGUGACUCUGGCAAUAGUGAGAGAAGUUGAGGUGUGUUUGUUUGUUCACGGAAUUUCGGUGAUGAAUGUUAUUUAAAAGGUGGAUAUAAUGCUAGAUUUGGAGAUUGUUUGAAACUGAUAGAUGGCACGGUCCCAGUGCUAAAUGAUGCCGGACAUGAACUGCACAUGGUAGGCUAAGUCAUAUGUCUGUUUUGUUGGCAAUCGGCGCGUACGUGCGUAAUGUAAAAAACACGAAGGAUUGUUGCGAUUAUGUAUUGUGUGCUCGUGCUGUAGUUCCAUCCCCCCUGCCUGCCUCCAGCAGCUCGUCUUUUUCUGGAAAUAAUCGUACAGCUGUAUCUCUCUUUUAUAAAUUUGAUCAAACUAAAUACUCUUCAAAGAUAGGACGUAUGCAAUACUACUGUAUAGGUACUCAAGAUUAAUAUGAGAUUGGCAGAAACUGCGUGUUAUCCCAUCUUUAACAAUGUUUUUAACAAAAACUUUAACAAAAUGAAAGAUGUUUUAAAGCCAUAUACUUUGUAGUUAACUUUUAGUAUCUCCCGCU